UUCUGGCUGUUAGUAGACGAUUGUAAUUUGUAGUGUCAACAACAUGUGGCUGUCAGUUGAUCGUUUGGCAGGGAUAUUUGUGAUUGAUUAAGUGUGUUUACGAUUUAUUUCUUCCGCCCUUAUGGACAGACUGUCAUAUUUUUAAAUCAUGGUGUUUUCUGACGUGUGAGACCUGGAUUUUCGAACAUCAAGCGAACUGCCUGGGGACGUCGCCAUCUUCCGCAGCCAUCAGACGCACGCAGAGUAACAACGGAAUUACACGAGGAAGGAACCGUUGUCUCUUAUAGACAAAACGGGACCAGAGACAAUCAUUUCACCGUCGAAAAGUUUGACAAGCUCCACAAACUGUACAAGUGUACAGACUACAGCCUCCUGUCACUAAACCUAGACCUGCACACGAAGUGAAACGUUUCUCCUGCAUUUACGAAGAUAUCAACUACCGUUUACAGAAGAUCCUAGUAUCUGUUAGGCUGUAACAUAUAUUUUAAUGGACAUUAUCAACUACUGCCUCAAGUUCCUAUGUAGAUAAGGUCGUGGUCAGUUUCAAUACAUUUUACCCUUGUUCAUGGCAAAGGGGGUCUCAACAUAAUUGAGGCCAACACCUGAUGUAGCAGAAGGCAGAAGCAGUUAGUGAGAUCGUACCUGUCUGCAACAUAAGAUAUGAUCCUUCAGUAAAGCAGCAAUGUCCACUCAAAAUCGAGGCCAACAAGUCACGUGGUGUUAGCAAGUAUUACCACUUGUUUUAUUUCAUCCACGAUAGAGCCUUAGGGAGGACAGCCCCUCUCUCAGUGUGUCCAUUCUAAAUACAUUCCAACACUGCCAGUGGAUAUGCAGCACAAAACAAGGACUGUUACCAACAUUCAAAAUAUAUUUAACGACAGAAGUAUGGAAUUAUAAGUGUUUGCGAAAAGUUAAAGUGGAUGAUGAAGUGACAUAGGCAGUAUAUUGAACUACAUGUUAAACAGUGAGUAAGGUUAGGUCUGCAAUGCAAGUGUUGACGAACUGACUACUACUGAUACUUCCCAGAUAAUAUUAAAGUGAAACAAGAGGAAUUUCUCGAAAUUGUGUAAGGGAAUGACACGUUAUGGCAUUGCAAAAUAAUAGCUGGUGUAUUCAAAAGUCAAAUGAAGUGAAAUAUGCAACAGGAAUUAUUCUGAAGAACAAGGGUGGUUGAUAUUUUGAGAACAAAAUUAAGUCUAAACGAAAAUUCAGUGAAUGAAGAAAAUAAAGAGAACAUUCUUAAAGAUUUAACGACGAAUACUUCGGAACUUACAUAAAUGAACAUCUUAAUUUAAUAAAUACUUUAAAGACUAAAAUGUUUAUAAGAUUAAAAUAAUAAUCCGAAUUUAUUCUCAUUUUGGUUGGCGGUAAAGUAAUGGCAUUAAGAAUGAGGAAAGAUAUAAAGAAGUCAUCGUAUUAUGUUUGGUUUCUGGGAGCCCAAGAAUCGAAAGGUCUGCGUGGUGCCGAGUACAUGCACCCUGUAGUGAAGAGUUUGGUGCACAGAGAGCGUGAUGUCGAACCGUUCAAGGUCACCCUCCAGGUCAGUCACAAGGGACUCAAAAUCAUCCAGAACAUUCCGCCAGUAGCUACUGCAGCUGGAGCAAAGCCUUCCGGUAAGAGCAAUAAACCAGAAGUUAUAAAACAUUUCAUUCCACAUCACGCAGUUACCUGCGUCUUGCAAGAUGAGGAUAUAGUAUCCUGCAUCCUUUUACUUUAUAAUCCUGUCACGAAAUGUCCUGUGCAUGUCCAUGCUUACCGUUGUGACUCUGUAGAAACCGCAGAAAUCCUUAGAGGACAAUUACAAACCCUGAUUGAACGUCCUGAGAACCAGAAGAAACUUGGUGAGAUUGAGACGCGACUUAGAGCCAAAGGACUUCUCCUCCCACCUCCCACACAAUCCUCACGUCCUGUCCCCACGUCCUCUUCGGCAAGACGAGUCCACAGUGGAGGAGGAGGAGGAGGAGGAGGUUCAGAUGGACGAAGCACAAGCACAAGGGAAUCUGAAUCUUCAGGAGGUUCCUCUUCGGAGCGUCUGAGUGGAGUUGGAGGUCAUCAAGAGAGGAUUGCUAGCCUCUAUGAUUCGUUAGCGGCGGAACUGAGGGAGAAGCUCGGUACUGGAGGUGACGGAAAGGUGCGGCACCAUGCCCCGAUAUUGCUGCCCCCUAGAGAUUAUGACACGGUUCAUCGUCAGAAAGGAAAUCUAACAGCCAUUGAACUACGCAGAUGUCUUAAUACUAAUAUUGUCGGAGUGAACGUGAAGAACACGCGUAAUCUUGCUGAGAAUGGAAGUCAGGUGAAUGACAAGGCCGGCACUACAACCACUGUUCCCGGACAAGCUGGAAGGGUUAAUGGUUCCAGUGGUGGUUCCAGUGGGAUUGGUUCUGAUCACGCGCCGAGUCCAGACGGACAAGACAGGGAAUCUGACCCGCUAUAUAUGGACAAUCAGUCUUCCUCAGAUGAGGAAUGGAACGAACAGCCGUCUGAAGGCUCGCUGUUUCUGGUACAACCCACAGCUGGGGGUCGCAGCUGUAGCAGCAGCAGCUGGAGAGGGCCAGGAACAGACCUCUCUCUACCGCGGGCGAGGCGUGUGCACAGCAGCGGCAUAGAAUCACCUUCCUCGCCCGUCGCCAAUAUCGCAGGUACGCCUCCGGAUCUGCAGGCUUUCAGAAGACGCCGUGCUGCAGAAGAGCGGCAGAGGUCGCCCUCACCUUCAUCCUCUUCCAACCAUCAUGCGGGUAAGAAAGGUUCUGCAGGAGCACUGUCACCCCGGGACCGGUUCAAGGACGCCAAGGAGAAGUUCCUGCUUCUCGAAGAGCAGGAGAAACAGAUGCAACGCAGAAGAAACCUGCAGGCGGCAGCAGAGGCGCCCAUCUCUCCGGCAGUGCUGCCAACUGCCGGCAACUCAAGGGGAAACGCUUACCCAAGGCGAGGAAGCUGGUCUCGAAGUCGUGACUCAGAAGAUGAGUUAGAAGACAGACCACAACGAGGAGGAUAUUUUGGAGUUCAUGCUCCUCCGCCUAGGGACGGUUUUGACACACCUGAACCAGAUAUGCACGUUGAGGACGAGGACGACGUCUUCGAGCGUGACUACGGUAACAGUCCAGUGCGCAAUGUUAAUAGACGAGAUGCCUACAGCAAGCGCCAGAUUCAACGGGAGAAGAUCCAUCACCAUCACAAAGACGACCACGAUGACCGCAUGCCCUUACAUCGUGGUCACCGCCCACUAAAAACGAACGUUCAGGUAUACCGCGGUGGUAGAAGUCGAGUUUCUGAAGAAUCCAGAGUUGUACCGCACCAGAGAUACCGCAGCCCUUCUAAGGAAGAUACGAGGCCUCAGCGUCAGACACAGAGCCCUCCUAGAGGAGGAAGGAACGCUUCAGAUGAGGAUAUAGUUCCAGAGAGGCGACAGAUGGGACAUCGAUUUCGCAGUCCUACAAGAAUGGCGAGGGGCGAUCAAGACUUCAGUCCUGAGAGGAGGGACAGAUUCCUGAGUCCAACACGUAACGCAAGGCUUCAACAACGUAAUCAGCGCAAAACAGGCGAAGACAUGGGCUAUCCUGUCGAAGAGGUACCAAGAUAUCGCGGUGGUCCUCGUGAAAGGACACCAAAUCCUUCCCGAGGACAACUUGCUCUCACCCAACAACAAUCAUUCAACGACGAUUCAAAUUCGGAUAUACCUCUGGAACGUUAUCGCAACCAGCAACCGACUCCCCGCCAUCACAUAAAAGAAGACGAGGAGACCGGAAGCCCUGAACCGCACAGGCGGAAUAUGGAGAGCCGGCUGCCACGUGCUAAUCAAUUUCAGAUGCCUGGAGGUGGCGAAAAGAAGAGGCGCUCAAUGUUUGAGGUACUGGAGGAAGAACGGAGACGCAGUUCAAAUGAACUUGCAAAGGAAUUCAAACGGCGCUCUUAUCAAGAUGGCGGCGGAUCUGAACUCUCUUCAGGCAACAGAGGCGUCGGUAACCACAACAACGGCGUCUCUAACGGCAGACAUUCCGGCUAUCAGGAGUUAUCGGAACAUGAGAGGUUCCCAGGUCUUGACAGAGAUACAGCUAGACUCCAACAUCAUAACAUGUCACCAUCAAGUGGAGGACACCUCAAUUUGAAGAAGUCUUCUGGGCCGCCACCGCCGCCAGAUGUAGUGCCUGCUCCAUCUUCAAGGUACAGACACAGCUACGCCGAGCCUCAUCACAUGUUGCCACAUCCACAAGCGUCCCACCACCAUGAGAUGCUGCACAGAACGAAUAGUUCCGUGUCUUCUGGCAGAGUUGGCAUCGCCGCUGUGCAUCCUUACUGAAUCAUACAGAAGAUAUGGAUACGAAGGAUUGUGCCAUUCAACGUAGAUUGUGAUACAUGUGUAUGCAUUUUAGUAAUGUUGCAAGUCAUCGACAAGAACCCACCUCAAGUGUAAAAUGAUAUGAAAAUAUACACUAAGAUAUUCUGAAAAUAUCAAGAGUGACUGGCUGCAGGCUGAAAGAUCGGGUUUCGAUUACCGACUUGGGCAAUAAUUUUUGUAUUCGCUACCUUAUCUAGACCUGACGGACGACCGAUCCAGUCUUCUAUCCAAUGGAUACCGGAGGUUCUUUCCUCAGGGUAAAGUGGCCGAAGGGAUAAACUUAACAACUCGCCUGGUGAACACGUGAAGUCUUCUACGCAUCUACAUGGUUUGAUGAUUAAACGGACAGGAAUAAUUAUAUCUUCAAAUUUUAUUUCAAUUAAAUACAAUACAUACCUACUGAUAAUCUUACGAACAUCGUUAAAAUUGAAAGAACAAGAAUAUGUGAUUAAUUUUUAGUUAAGGCUUGCAAGAUAUUAAUGUACUUACAGGAAUAUUUGUUGAUUAUAUCAGAAACCAAAUGGAGAUAUUUAGUAAAAUUAAAAUGGUGCAAGUUCUGAAAUUUUUAUGGAAACUAAAUACGAUGAAGUUGUCUUGGACCAUCAUUCAUAUGUACUAAGUAUGAAUCCAACGUUUCGGAAACAACCAUUUAUAUCUUCUGAUGAUGGAGACAGAAACAGUCUCCGAAACAUAUGUUUCUUAUUCCGUACAGAUGCGAAUAAUCGCUGGAGUGGACCAAAUGGAACUGAUGUAUUGUACUAUUGUAUUGUAUUAGAAGAUGCUUCAAAAUGUCGAUUGAUAAGGAGUUUGUAAAUAAACUUUUCCGGGAUAUUGAAAUCAAUUUCACGAUGGUUGCUGGACUGUAUUCUCUACAAAGACUCAACAGGAAUAUAGAAACCAGCAAGAGCUCUUCCAAUUUUUCUAAGAAAAUCGGCAAAAUAUAAUAAUACAUUUAACAAUGUAGUCCUGUUUUUAUAUAAUUCUCGUAAUGUAUAUAUUUACACUCAGUGCUUGAGGUGGAAUGAAAAUAGAACCGGGAUGGUUUUCCCCUUUAAAUUCACAGACAUUUAAUUCAUAGGCAUUUACUGCCAAAGCAGUAAUGGGAUGCUUUUAAGCCAUUUAGAAAAGAACCGGGAUGCCAUCCCGCCACAUCCCGCCCCACCUCAAGCCCUGUUUACACUAGAAUGUGAGGCAAAAUUAAGAAAAUAAUGUAGGAUGCUGAGGUGGAGAGUAUGGUGAAUGAAUGGAACACUUCCAAAGAAGUUGGGACCAAAACAGCAGAGCUGCCUUUAACAAGAAGUGCUCAAUAACCGAUAUAUAAAAUGAAAUAUUUUAUGUCAAUUAUAUGCAUAUUAUUUCUGUAUUACACACUGACUCAAAUUGAAUUGUCCUUUAUGCAUACUACACCUAACGUGAGUGCUAUAAUAAACUAAAUAUUUAAAUGA